UGAGUAGCUUUAAGAGAACGGAAAAUGAGUUGUAUUCAACAAAACGACGCUUUUCUGGAGUCUUCGGACAAUCGUGACAUUUAUUAUGAUUCAAGUGACACGGUGAACAACUGUGAUGCUACGGGUCUGAUCAUACAGACAAUAAAGAUGCAUCACGAUGCAAUGCUCCUCCAAAUUAAGGAGCUCAAAAAACGGCUUCUCGACAAUGAAUGUUUGGAGGAAUUGGAACGGCAAAAUGACACUAUGCAACAAGAAAUUCAACACAUGAAGGAGAGACAAAAUGAGAAAGGCGCGUUUCUUGCUGUGAGACAAGAGAAUGAGGAGCUCCAGCAAGAACUUAAGAGCCUGCAGGAAAAACCCCAAAGUGAAUCUGCUUUGGAGGAAAAGUGUACUGCCAUGAAGAAGGCAACAGAAGCAAUGAGAGAGCAGAACAGUGCCAUGCAAAAGGAAAUCCUGGGGCUCAAGGAAAGAUAUCAACAUUUCAAAGCUUUGGAAGAUUCCUACAAUGUCGCAAAAGCAGAGAAUGAUGCAAUUAGCCAGCAGAAUGAUACUUUGCGACAUGAUAUUCAGGAGAUCUGCAAAGAGCUCCAUAAUGAAAAAGCUUUGCAUAGGAUGAACAAUGCCAUAAAAGUGUCACAAAAGACCUUGAGUCACCAAAAUGAUGCCCUGCGGAAGGAACUCCAGGAUCUCUACAAAGAGUAUGAAAAUGCAAAGAUCCUGGGAGACCAGUGUAGGGAACGUAUGUCUCACAUGGAGGCUUUGAAGAAAGAAAACGACAAUUUGCAACAGCAAAUCCACAUCGUCAGCAGAGAGCUCCAGAUCAGGAAACCUUUAAAAGUAGAAUAUGACGAACUGGAAGCUGUGGAGAAAGCCACGCAGGCACAAAGGAGAGUCCUGGUGAAAACGCAAAGUGAGAUCUUAAAAAAGCUUGUAAAUGAAGAAGACCGUUUUUCCAAAUGUAACAUGCUGAAGGAGGAGACAGAUACCUUGAAGCAAAAAAAUGAGAGAAUGACUAAUGACAUUCAGAUUUUCAAAGAGCAUCUGGAAAAUCUGAGGGCUUCUAACGCAAAUCAUAAGUCACUGAAGGCAGAGAACAGGACUCUCACCAACCAAAACAACACUCUACAAAAAAAACUUCAGGAGCUGGAGAAGCAGCUUUCAAAGGAGCGAGCCUUAGUAGAAAAAAUUAAUGCAAUAAAAGAAGAGAAUGUUGCCCUGAGCAUAGGAAACAAUCUCCUGUACAGCAAGACUGACAAACUCCGCUGCUCACUCCAAGGUGAAAAAGUUCUGGGCAUCACCUAUGAUUCCCUGAAACUGGAGAAAAAUGUCUUGAGCAAGCUGAAUGAAGCUCUACAUAAGGAACUCCAGAAGCUUCGUAAAAAACUGAAAAAAGAAAAAGCUUUGAAGGACAAGUGUACAAUAAUGGAGGCGACUAAAGAUGAACUCAGCAGACAAAAUGAGGCAUUAGAAAGGCAGAUUAUAAAUGAGGCAAAGAAUAAUCCAAUAAAAGAAGAGAAUGAUGCCCUGAGAAAAGAAAAUAAUCUCCUGUAACGCACAACUAAUGUACUCCUCUGCUCACUUCAAGGUGAAAAAGUUCUGGGCAUCACCUAUGAUUCCCUGAAACUGGAGAAAAAUACCUUGAGCAAGAAAAAUGAAACUCUACGUAAGCAACUCCAGCAGCUUUAUAAAAAAAACUGAAAAAAGAAAAAGCUUUGGAGAAGUGUACAACAAUGGAGGCGACUAAAGAUGAACUCAGCAGACAAAAUGAG